CCACAUUUCACAACACAGCAGCCGUUACCACUUAUCAUCAUUCAUCAUACUAUUACUACUAUUAUAUAAAGCCAACAUUAGUCUUUUUCAUCAUUUCCAGGUUACUCUAUAUUGUUCACAAGCAAGCACAAUCUAUUUAAGUCUUUCUUCAGAAAACUAAAAUCUCACCCAACAUAAAAGUUGCACAAACCAAAAGCUAAAGGCAGCUCAAAAAAGAAAAGUUGCACCAACCUAAAAGGCGCCACUUGCUUGAUCUUGAAAAGCAAAGCAAAGCAAAGCAAACUCACUUUUCUUUUCCAUACUACAUACAUGGAGCUGAGGGAAGAGGACCCUCCUCCUUUUUGGCUACAGAGCAACACCGCACUCCGCCAGGCUGACCGCCAUCGACGGAGACGCCAUCAGGCGUCGAGCCUAUUUCUCAAUACCGGAGUAUUGGUAGUAGUAUUGCUGGUAGCAGCUGUUGUGUUUCUAGCCAUAGUUAUUCCUUCUGUCCUGUCUCUUGCUCGUUCAGUCUUCAAUCCAAGCUUAGUGAAGAGCAGUUGGAACUCAGUUAAUCUAGUACUUGUCAUUUUUGCAAUUGUUUGCGGGUUCAUAGGAAAGAAGGAUGAUGAUCAAACACCAGUAAGCAGUCCUAUGAGAAGAGAAGCUGCUGGUAAAUCUGCAGAGUCAAGUCCGCGACAUUGGUAUGAUCAUCAAGAUAGUAUGAGGAGGUUAAGAAGAAAUAGCAGCUCAUACCCAGAUCUCCGGCAAGAGGGGCAGUGGGUGAUGAGUGAAAAUCGAUGGCGGUCUUAUGAUGAUACCCAUGUAUAUAGAUAUAAUCGUCAGGUUUCGAGAUCAGAGAGUGGUAUUAGUCGAACUAGAUCUUUCGGAAUGGUGAAUGAAGAUUAUGAGUUUGAUGUUAAAAACAUUGAGGUUGAUACUUUUGUAAAUGGAGCAAAAGUUGUUACACCUCCAUCAACUACACCAUCACCACCGCCAUUGCCACCACCAGCAGCUGUUCGAAAGGGUGAUCAUGUCAGAGCCAGAGAAGUGGUUCGUGAGGACCAGUAUGUCACCAAAACAGUUGAGAUGGAUACUUCUGCCAGAAAACAACCAAAAGUUUUCAAGUCUGAACCAAAACCACCAUCCUAUGUCCAUCAACCAAAUCCACCAUUACAACCAGCAUACUUGAAGCAACCGUUGUCACCACCAUCACCAUUAUCACCAACCACGUAUUUCUGGCCACCACCAUCACCACCGCCACCACCGCCGCCUCCACCACCGCCGCGAGCCCAUCAAUCAAUGUCAGCUGGAAAGAAGCAUGAAAAUAAGUGGGAUCACCCAACAACAAAGGAAUACAGAUCAAAUGUUGAAAUUCAGCCGCAACCGGUGUCACCACCAUCACCAUUGUCACCAACCAAUUACUUCUGGCCACCACCAUCACCACCCCCACCGCCACCCCCACCUCCACCAACCCAUCGAACAUAUCCAUCAACCUCGAAUAAAAAGAAGCAUGAAAAUAUGAGACACAGCCCAGCACAAAGGGAAACUAGAUCAAAGGUUCCGUUUCAAAUUCCACCACCGCCGCCGCCGCCGCCGCCACCUCCACGGACACCGCCUCAUUCACAACCAAUAGUGGGACGCAAUUCAGGAGACACAAGAUCAGAUAAAAAGAGAGGAAUAAUGAUUAGAACUCUUAGCCGUCUUCCAAGAAGGAAAAGGAAGCAAUCAAGGAGAAGCUAUGAGAACUUAACAGAAAUCAUCCAACCUCCAAACACAUCAAUUCACCGUUCAAAGUCCACACCAGAAUUUCCACCAUCCUCUCCUCCACCACCACCACCACCACCUCCUCCUCCGCCACCACCACCUUCUUCCAUGUUCCAUAACAUGUUCUCCAAAAAAGGAAAGAGUAAAAAGAAAAUCCAUUCCUUUUCCACUUCAGCCCCUCCACCUCCACCACCCCCUGCUAGACCACCACCCCCUAAGAGUAACAUCCCUCCAAGAGCUACCAGAAGAGCGGUCCCACCUUCUAAAGCUGACAGCUUUAGCAGCAUAGAUGAAAACAUUGGUAAUGGCAGUGAGUCGCCACUGAUCCCAAUACCGCCACCACCACCUCCACCAUCAUUUAAGAUGUCACCAUGGAAGUUUGUCAUUCAAGGGGAUUAUGCAAAGAUAGAGAGCAACAAUAACAGUCCGCGCAGUGGUUAUUCAGCAUCAGAAGAUGAAGACAAUUCACCAAGCAAUCUGAAAACUAGCAAGCAGUCGUCAUCCUUGUUUUGUCCAAGUCCAGAUGUAGAUACUAAAGCUGAUGAUUUUAUUGCCAGAUUCAGAGCCAAACUAACUCUUGAAAAGAUGAAUUCAAUCAAGCGAAAUCAGGGAACUAGUCCUUCACCACUGGGAUCAGAUUCAACCAAAUCCUGAGUAUCCAGAUUAAAAAAAAAAAGGCCUUUUUUCAUUUUUUUAUUAUUUUCUUCUUUAAAUUAUACCUUAUAUAUUCUUCAGAAUGAGUUUCUUUUUUUUAUUGGGUGAUACAAGAAGUGUAGAUGUUGUCGAUACUAUAAUGCCCAGCAUACCUGUAGGUGGAAUGUACACAUAGAUAUUGAACGGUUUUUUUUGUCCUGAUUUUCCCCCAUAGCUAGUGGUAUGAGUUUUGUUUUGUUUCCAGAAUAUCUGCUUUUACUCUAAUAAUGGAUAUGGAUUUUCAUUAUUUUUUAUGUUUAUGCAUCAGAUAAGGAUAUUUUUAUUUGUA